AUCGCUGGCACAGUGUGGCGAAGAUUUAUAAAUUAGCACUCGAGUCAAACCCCCUUCCACCGUUAUACCUCUUACCUCCGUCCAACCCAACCGUUCUCUUUGGGCACUAGUAAGGCGCGGAGUAUAUAUCGAUAAUGGCCUCUUCAAUGAGCGCAGACGAAAAGUAUCAUCUGAUUACAAGAGGGCUGCAGGAGGUGCUUGGUGCGGAGAGUAUCAAGGCUCUCUUGGACCAGGGAAAGACUCCGAAAUGUUACUGGGGUACUGCACCUACUGGCCGACCACACGUCGGAUAUUUCGUGCCCUUGACAAAGAUCGCUGACUUUUUGAGGGCGGGUGUUGAGGUCAAAAUCCUUCUUGCUGACAUCCAUGCCUUCCUGGACAACAUGAAAGCACCACUCGCGCUCGUCGAGCACAGAACAAAGUACUACGAACAUAUACUGCGAUCAGUAUUUCACUCCCUCGGGAUCCCCACGGAUAAACUCAUUUUCGUCCUCGGGUCCUCCUACCAACUCACGAAGGAGUACAACCUCGAUAACUACAAGCUCUGUGCGACCGUGACGGAGCACGACGCGAAGAAGGCUGGUGCGGAGGUGGUGAAGCAGGUUGAGAGUCCGUUGUUGAGUGGGUUGCUAUACCCUGGAUUACAGGCGUUAGACGAGCAGUACCUCGAUGUGGACUUCCAAUUCGGUGGUGUCGACCAGCGCAAGAUCUUCACUUUCGCCGAACUGUACCUCCCGCGUCUCGGUUACGCUAAACGCGCUCAUCUCAUGAACGCGAUGGUACCCGGCCUGACAGGCGGCAAGAUGUCCUCAUCCGACCCGAAUUCGAAGAUCGACUUCCUCGACCCUCCAGAAGCCGUGCGCAAAAAAAUUAAGUCUGCCUUUUGCGAAGAGGGUAAUGUCGAAGGGAACGGUGUCCUUUCGUUUGUCGAGGCCGUGCUCAUCCCCAUCUCGGAGAUGCGGCUCGAGCGCUUGCGGGGUGAGACGGGUGAUGAUCCCGAGGAGGGCAAGGGGGAAGCGGACGAUAAUCAGAAACCGUUCGUCGGUGAGGGUGCACCGGAAGGUACGGUGUUCACGGUCCAUCGGGAUGAGAAGUUCGGAGGUCCGAGUCAUUACAAGAGUUAUGAGGAGAUGAAGGUUGCGUUUGUGGAGAAGACGCUGCAUCCGAAGGAUUUGAAGGUGGCGGUGGCGGACGCGUUGGUGAAGCUGCUGGAGCCGAUCAGGAAGACGUUCUUGGAGAGCACGGAGUGGCAGGAAACGGAAAAGUUGGCGUACCCUGAUCCAAACGCGAAACCGGCCAAGAAGAAGAAGGAGAAGGUAUACCAUCCGCCUCCUCCCGGCAAGGGGAAGAACGCGGCGAAACCUGUUGCAGCUCCUGGAGAGACUGCCCCGCCUUCCGAGUCAACGCCGGCAUAACAGCAUCUGCACCAGGCGAAGAGGUAGUGAAAGCGGCGGUCGAGCUCUCGAAAGACGCUAAUGGAUCUGCAUAGGGAUGCUCGAAGUUGUGUAGGAGCGAGAGGUGAUUAGAGAUGAUCCGAAGUUUCGCAACUUGUUGUAUGUGCUAAAGAUAACUGCUCCUUAUCUCAC